AUGUUAUCGAGUAAUUUUACAUCAUACCUAGAGAAUGUAGACAAAUAAAUAGCGAAUAAUGAAUUAGAUUAUGAGUAGGCAACUGAGAUGAUCUCAAAAUUAAAUCCAUAGAGUUUGAUGGAGAGAAAGGAGUUAAUGUAAAUAAAAAAAAGAGUGCAAUAAUUGUAAAAAGACGAAGCCAAAGAAAAAAUCAAAGAAAAUUUAAAUUCGCAUAUCUUUUUAUUAAGAGAACUAUUAGAAAAAAGCAGAAAUGUCAAUAAUUGUGUUGAGAGAUAUAAAUUAUUAAGUGAGGCUGAGGAAUAAAAAAAGAUUACAGAAGCUCUUAUUUACACGUUAAAUUAAUACAAGGAUCACAUUAGUUAAAAAUUCGUUGGGGAUUGCAAAAAGGUAAUACUUGAAUAUGAAGAAGAAUUAAGACAAUCAUUUGUAUCUGCAAAAAGAGAGGAGGCAAUCUUCUUGACAAAUUAGAAAAGCUUUGCUCAAUCUAUGUUUGUUAGUGAAAUAGAAUAUGGUGAGAGACCUAUUUCAUUAACAACGAAUAGAUCCAUGAGAGCAAAAAUAAAAUAAUAUUUUAUUAAAGUAUUAGGAUGUCUAACUACUUCCAAUCAUUGA